GGGUUUAAUAUAAAUUCUUCUUCUUGGCAAAAAUCGAAACUUUUUUCUGGGUGUAAAUUACGUUGAUGGUCAUCUAUAUCUCGAAAUCAGUACAUAAAGUUGGGAUUUUUCAAUCGAAUUUCUCUGUUUAGAGAUUUCAUCUGUAUAAGAUCUCAAGGAAACAUCAGCCUUUUUUUGUAUUCAAGAAGAACCAGAAGAAGAACGAGAUGGUGGCUUUUGGGAAAUAUUUGCAGCGGAAACAAAUCGAAGAAUGGAGAGGCUAUUACAUCAAUUACAAAUUGAUGAAGAAGAAAGUGAAACAAUAUGCUGAACAAAUCCAAGGCGGAUCUCAACAUCCUCGCCAUGUUCUCAAAGAUUUCUCAAGGAUGCUUGAUACUCAGAUUGAGACAACUGUCCUUUUCAUGUUGGAACAACAAGGGUUGCUUGCAGGGCGAUUAGCCAAAUUGAGGGAAACGCAUGAUGCUAUACUUGAGCAGCCUGACAUAUCAAGAAUUGUCGAGCUACGAGAAGCAUACAGAGACGUUGGACGAGACCUUCUCCAGCUCCUGAAAUUCGUUGAGUUGAACGCCGUUGGUCUGCGCAAGAUACUUAAAAAAUUCGACAAACGGUUUGGUUAUAGAUUCGCUGAUUAUUACGUGAAGACACGCGCUAAUCAUCCUUACUCUCAGCUUCAACAAGUCUUUAAGCAUGUGGGUGUAGGAGCUGUUGUUGGGGCAAUUUCCCGCAAUCUUCAUGAGCUUCAAGAAAAUGAAGGAAGCUUUUAUUCAAUUUAUGACCAACCUGUUCUUCCGCUUCAGGAUCCAGUGGUUGAAGCCAUAAAAACUGCGGUGGACAAGUUAACCUUCUCGACAAAUUUCCUCAACUUCUUGGCACAGCAUGCUCUUAUCAUGCAAGAUGAUUUGGUGACUCCUUCAGAGGAUACAAUCGAUGAGCGGACUUACCAUUUUAAUUCGUUACUCCUGAAUCUAGGAAACACAUUUUUGUACAUGGUCAACACUUAUAUCAUCGUUCCGACAGCGGACGACUAUUCGAUGAGCCUUGGAGCUGCAGCAACGGUUUGUGGUGUUGUCAUUGGAUCUAUGGCUGUGGCUCAAGUAUUCUCAUCGGUUUAUUUCAGCGCAUGGUCCAACAAAUCUUACUUCAAACCUCUUGUGUUUAGCAGCAUCGCACUCUUUAUCGGAAACUUGAUGUAUGCGUUGGCUUAUGAUGCCAAUUCCAUAGCGCUUCUAUUACUCGGCCGUCUCUGUUGUGGGUUGGGAUCAGCAAGAGCUGUUAACCGGAGAUAUAUCAGCGAUUGUGUGCCUUUGAGAAUCCGAAUGCAGGCAUCGGCGGGUUUUGUGAGUGCAAGUGCUCUUGGAAUGGCUUGUGGUCCUGCGCUUGCCGGUUUACUCCAAAUCAAAUUCAAGUUUUACAAGUUAACAUUUAACCAAUCUACUUUGCCGGGGUGGGUUAUGGCUGUGGCUUGGCUGUUCUAUUUGGUAUGGCUAUGCAUUUCAUUCAGAGAGCCGUUGCGUGACACAGAGGAAGAAGAAGAUACCAAUCCAAAUGAAACAACAUCAAUGACAGAUAGAGUAGAAAGUAGCAGAGUCGAAGAAGGUCUUCGAAUGCCCUUGCUGAUUACUUCAGGAAUCAAGCCAGAAGAUGAAGAGGAAUGUGAUGAAAGUGAAGAAUCUCCAGAAGAUUCUCACAAACCUGCAAACUCUUUCAGAUCAGCAUACCGACUUCUUACUCCAUCUGUUAAGGUUCAACUGUUGAUCUACUUCAUGCUCAAAUAUGCUAUGGAGAUAUUACUGUCGGAAUCUAGUGUCAUUACUUCAUACUACUUUAGUUGGACAACAAGCUCCGUUGCCAUCUUCCUGGCCUGCCUUGGCCUCACUGUGCUACCAAUCAACAUUUUGGUCGGAAGUUACAUCAGUAAUAUGUUUGAAGACAGGCAAAUCCUUCUAACAUCUGAGAUCAUCGUCUUCCUCGGGAUUCUCUUCAGUUUCAACUUGUUUGUUCCAUACACUGUACCUCAAUAUGUAAUCUCUGGUCUCAUAAUGUUUGUUGCUGCUGAAGUACUCGAAGGUGUGAAUCUAUCGUUGUUAUCGCGGGUAAUGUCAUCAAGGCUAUCAAAAGGAACGUACAACGGAGGAUUGCUCUCAACAGAAGCUGGAACGUUGGCUCGUGUUGUGGCAGAUGCAACCAUAACAUUGGGAGGAUACUUGGGAAGAGGCCAUCUCCUGAAUGCCACUCUUCUACCAUCACUUGUCAUCUGCAUUGGCUCCAUUGUUGCUACUUGUUGUACUUAUAACUCUCUCUAUUGAUUUUGGAGUUUUGCUACCAAUUUUACAUAAUAGAAUAAAACAGUGUGUAUCUC